AAACCAUACAUUUUCCGUCUUCUGUUGUAAAACAAAAACAGAGAAAAUGAAACCAAAGCAAAUCAAAAUGAUGUUCUUUUUAUUAAUUGUAGUUGCAGCUUUUAUUUUCCGACCGUCCGAAGCUCAGAUAAAAACGAGCAUAUGUACAAGUAAACAGACGAUGCCGAUAGUAAACGUGGCUGGAUGUUUCAAUGCGGUGAGAUUAGCGGCGGAUAGAGAUACCAGAUUGCUAACAAGAGUCUGUUGCAGAGCAGUGAAAACACUUGAUGAUUGCCUUUUGCUUGUAUAUCCCGAUAGAGCUUACAAUACUUAUAUCUUCAAAGGCAUUUGUUUCGAAAAGUUCAAUGAAUCAAUUUUAUGAUUUCUCUGUAUUUUUAAU